UCAUGGAGCAAAAUGCACAGGCCUUCAACCAAAUCUCAAAAAAUAUUGCUUCUCAUAUGAUGGCCAAUGCUGCAGCAAUUGCAGCUGCCUUUGGGGGAGGCUUGCCUCCUGGGAUAACCGGAACAAACGACAGGUGUACAAUUCUUGUUGCAAAUCUCAAUCUUGAUAGAAUAGAUGAAGAUAAAUUGUUCAACGUGUUCGCCAUUUAUGGGAACAUUGUUAGAAUCAAACUUCUUAGGAACAAACCAGAUCAUGCGCUUAUCCAAAUGGGGGAUGGUUUCCAAGCCGAAUUGGCAGUACCUUUUCUUAAGGGAGUUAUGUUGUUCGGGAAGCGAUUGGAGGUCAACUUCUCGAAGCAUCCGAAUAUAACCCAAGGUGCCGAAACACACGAGUAUGUGAAUUCAAAUCUCAACCGGUUCAAUCGCAAUGCUGCUAAAAACUACCGGUAUUGCUGCUCGCCAACCAAGAUGAUCCAUUUGUCAACCCUCCCACAAGACAUCACCGAAGAGGACAUUGUAAGCCUUGUGGAGGAGCACGGAACCAUUGUCAAUAACAAGGUCUUUGAGGUGAAUGGAAAAAAGCAGGCUCUUGUUCAGUUUGAAACUGAGGGGCAGGCUAUUGUUCAGUUUGAAACUGAGGGGCAGGCUGCCGAGGCCCUUGUCUGCAAGCAUGCAAGACCACUUUCUGGCUCGGCGAUUCGAAUCUCCUUUUCUCAGCUGCAGAACAUUUGAUCGAGACUUUUGCUACCGACUCGAGCGCUACUGUCUUACGGUUCUUAAGCUUAUUUGGGACAAGGAUUCUGAACUUGGGUAGGAUAAUAUUUAUGCAGAUGAUGCCACUUUCAUUGUCUUGUAAUGGUCGAAUUGCUUAUUAAUAUACAGAUCAAACCUGUUCUCACUUUGCA